CUCAGCUGUGACAGGCAGACGUUUUUGGUGUUUCCGCUGUUUCUCUGGCAGUGACGUUUCACGUCAAACAGGCAGUCUCUCCCGUUUGCGACCGUGCAGCUGGUAUUUUCGCGUCUCUCACGCGAAUUGCGGGUCACGCGGAGUGCUUCCCCAAUGCAAAGUGUCUCAGUGGCUGGUUGUUGAAUGGAUUAAGUGUGUUGUUGGUAGUGCUCCAGAGAAGACAACAGAGAGAGAGAGAGAGGAAGUAAACUCAGCUGACGAAGGUGUCUUGAGAAGGGAAUCUGUCAAGGAUGGAUCCAACCGGCGGCCGCGAUUCGCGGUACAACCUCAACUACAGCAUGAGUAUGUUGGGCGACAGUGGUGAAAUCUAUGGGAAUCCGAAUGUGAGCCUCGCGAGGCCCCCCAGUGGCGGAGCCCUGGGCCAAGUGAUGAGUCGCAGUGGUGGCCUAAUCAACUCAAAUGCACAGUGUGGGUCCCUCACGCGUGGCCUGAAACGAACUAAUUCCGAGUGCUUCGACGAGCGCGCCAUGGGGUCCCAGACCAUGGGCAUGGACGGCUGUCCGGGCGCCGUGCAGGACGUCGUGGACGAGGGCUUCACGUCGCUGCAGCAGAAGAAGUCACCGCCGAGCAAUGGCAAGAAGACGAAGGGACGCGUCAAGAUCAAGAUGGAGUACAUUGACAACAAAUUGAGGCGCUACACGACAUUUUCCAAGAGGAAAACGGGCAUCAUGAAGAAGGCGUACGAGCUUUCGACACUGACGGGAACGCAGGUGAUGCUUCUGGUGGCGUCGGAAACAGGCCACGUGUACACGUUCGCCACGCGCAAGCUGCAGCCCAUGAUCACAUCGGAGGCGGGCAAGGCGCUGAUCCAGACGUGCCUGAACUCGCCGGACCCGCCAAGCAGCACGGGCGCCGGUGACCAGCGCAUGUCCGCCACGGGCUUCGAGGAGACGGAGCUGAGCUACAACAUCGGCGAUGAGGACUCCAAAGACGGGCGUUCGCCACUGUCUUCAGGCGAGUCGGAUGAUUCAUCAGGUGCGGAUUCGCCGGCACCCAGCAGCAUCCUCGAGAAGCCACCGUCGACGUCUGCGACGUCCUUGCCGAAGGAGGCGCCGCCCAAAGUCACCCCACCUGUGAUAGCGCCCGCCACCAGUGCGCCCCAGAUCCAGGCCGGCCUCGGCAGCGUCCUCUACCCGGCGGCCGCGCUGGCCAACCUGCCGCAGGACGUCCUGCUCAGUCUCGUCCAAGCGGGACAUCUGCAGUUUCACUCGAACGACGAUGGUGGUCAUCAGUACAUCACAAUACCCUUGACGACCACCGCGGGCUCGACGCCACCGGCGCUCACGAAGCUGUCGACGGUGAAGCAGGAGAGCGCCAACGGGCGUGACUCGCCGCUCGUGAUCAAGAAGGAGAGCGUUGAUUAGUGUUUUACAGUCUGACUUCACAUGGAAUUUCUAAAUGCUGCCUGUUUCCCUCUUUGUCCUCUCCGUUAUCACGUAAUAUAUAUUUUUCUUCGAUAUUGGGUCAGGAAGUUGAGAGCUUUCGAGAUGUUGAAAGCUUGCCGGAAGCGAGAGAGCAAAGUGAAUGUAAUUUUUUAGGACACAUUCAUAUCUAAAUUACCAUACUGUACAAUUAUGUAGGCAUUUACUUAACACAGAAAGAGUUACUGAGUUAUUGAGAAGAUCACUGGAAGCAAAAAAAAAAGUCAGUAAAGUAAAAGAGAGAGAGAGAGAAAAAACGAUGUGUUGGGCAAAAAUUGCGCGCCCCCAGUGAAAAAAAGAGAGUUUCUUCGUUACAACUUCACACGCCAAAUUGCCAAAUAAUUUCCUCUGACUGUCUCAAUGUAAAUAAUUUAUUUAAAAAUAUAUAAUGGAGUAUUUUUCUUCUCUUUUAAGCCCAAUGUCUUUUGACUCGCUGGCAUUUUUCUAGCCUCUCUCGCGCGCACCAUCUCACUUUGCCGGCGUGUAAUCGCACGAUGCCACCCACCCGAUGAUCGUAAAUUGUGUCGAGAAUGGCUAAACAGAGCGAGAGCAUAGCUUUUUGGGGUCUGUUUUUAUUUUUAACGGGCCACGAGAGCAAAAAAAGAGCCAUUUUUCCGUGCUCGCCUAAAUUAUUCUAAUUUAAAUCGCAUUCUGACACAGUGCCAAAAAUAUACAAAAUAUACGACGGAAAAAAUGUGCUAUUGGACGAGAAAAUGCGGGAAAGAUGAGCAUUGGGAAAAAGCGACAGUGUGUCGCAAUUGGGGAAAAUUCGGUCAGAUGAACAUCAUGUCGAACAUGUUAAAUGUAGGUGGUGUCCAGAAUAAUAUCCUCUCUUUCUCUAUCAUCUCCCAAGAGUGCGUCUGAGAGAGGAGAAAAUAUAAUUGUAUUGCUGUAAUUUGAAUUGUUGCUCAAUUGACAAGGAAUAUUUGAAUGGCUGAGAAUUCAGUGCGUCGAUGAUGCGAACAA